CUCCAAAUCUGGCGCGCGGAAGAGAAAUGUCAAGGCGAAAAUACAGCUUUUAUGCGUGACAUAAGACAUAAUAUACAAGAUGGGAGUCAUAUUUUCGAGAUUUCGGAAAAAGAAAACCACCAUUCAAAAGUUGGAAGAAAUUGAUCAGGAAGUAACCAGACUUGAGAAAUUCAAACGACAGAAUCAAGAGAGACAAAAAUGGUUUAUAGCCAAAUUGCUGCUGUACUCAAUAUUGUCGUACAUUGCUGCAGCCCUCGUGUUCUACUUCUACUACUUCCCAGACAAGUGGAAAGAUCGACUGCUCUACUCCAUUCCUCUUUUGCUGUUUCCUGCUGUAAUAUGGCUCGUGAAGAAGGUUCUACACUGGUACUUCAUCAAAAGAAUUGCUAAGAAUGAUAUUGCAUUGGAAGAAUUGAGAGAAAGGAAAAAGCAGAUUUUGGAAGACGUGAUGGAGAAAGAGACGUACAAGAAGGCUAAGGAAAUACUUGAGAGAUUUGACCCUGUCAGGUUUAAAGAGCUAGAGAUGCCCAAGGUGACUCCUCCUCAAGUAGGUGUCACACCUGGUACAGAAUUGCGACAGAGACAUGUCCCUCAGCAGCGAUCUCCCCCAGGAUCCCAGCUACGCCCCAUGACUCCUGGGCACCCUGCCAUGACACCUAUGAGGCCCCAACAGGGGGGCCAGCUGAGACCAGGAAUGACCCCAUUUGGGCCUCGUAGUGGGAGUAUCCAGGGAAUGCAGCCCCGUAACCUGUUAAAUACUCCACGACAACCAACAAAUGGUUCAUUGCAAGGCCCACCAUUGCCACGCCCGAUUUUACCCCGGGAGAGAAGCACAAUGGACCGCAUGUUGGAAUACCUUGUAGGCGACGGCCCACAGAACCGAUACGCCCUCAUCUGCCAAAACUGCUUCUCGCAUAACGGCAUGGCCAUGAAGGAGGAGUUUGAAUAUAUAACUUUUAGAUGCUGUUACUGCUAUACACCUAAUCCUGCACGGAAAAAGCGUCCUUUUGCUCCAAGAAUCGAGCCCAUAGCAAAAACUUCUACUCAGGAUGAAGAAAGCAAAUCCGAAGAAGAAGAUGAAGAGGAGGAGGGGAGCAGUGAGGGUUCACAGGGCGCAGAGGAGGGGCCAGGAGGGGCUCCACAAAGGGAGAGAGAUGCGGCCCAAGCUGGGCCCCCACAAGGGGCAAGUGGAGAGGGAGAGAAAGGUGGAGAGGAGGAGAUGGAGGUGCAAGAGGGGGGAGAUGAGGUGCCACAGGGGGAAACUGAGGGGGGUAAUAAAGGUUAGAAGGGAAGGAGAUUCUACAGUUGAAAACUGAGAACAGAAAUAGGGGGGAGGUAGUACUACAUAUGUGUUUAGUCAUGUAAUCAGCAGAAAGUCUGGAUAAAAGUAUUAAAACACUAAACUUGGAGCAUCAGGGUUUUAUUUAGAGGGAUUAAAUUUGAUGUGUGGGGAUUGAGGGUGGGGGAAUUAGACAUGGCAUGGAACACAAUCAUAUCUGGUUAGUUUUUUUCAAGGGAGGGUAUUGAAUAUUGAUAAAGUGUACAUAGUAAAUGUAUUGAGUCCAUUCCAUGGUAGUUUUGUUGAUUUAAAGGGUUAGGCAUUUACAGAUAUAUAGAUUACAUUGAAGGAUAAAAUUGUUGAUUCGUAGAAUAAUUAUGUUUCAUACUUUGUGUUUAGUAUGUAUAAGACAUGUACGGUGUGUUAUUUAUUUAUUCAUUGUGAUGUAACACUAUUGAAGCAUUGCAAUUUAUUGUUAUUUUAUUUUUUUCUGUUUGAAGCCAAUGACUUUAGUUUAAUGUAAUUAAUACAUUGUGUUAUAUGAUAUUUAUAUGUUUUGAUAUUUGGCAUUUCAAUUGAAGCUAUAAUCAAUGUUUUAAGUCCCAGAAGAAAAUCAGACUCAUCCCUGGCAAUAAUGCUCUUAAUUGGAAACAAGAAUCAACUCAGAUUAUGGUCAGUUAUCAUCCAGAUUCUAAUAUGGACUGUCCUUGUAUCUUACUUGUAUCUUACUUGUAUCUUACUGACAUACGUUCUGUAAUGUUGAUCCUACCUUGUCAGUUUAUGUCUAGCAAAUUUUAGAAUUUACUUUGAUACCUGGGGCGGUAUUCAUAGAACAUCUUAAGUCAUUUGUCAUUCCUUAACUUAAGUCAUUUUUUAAACUUUUCAUAGUCAAAUUAAAACAAUGGUAUAAAGGUUUUUAAAAUAGAUAUUAUGUAUAUUAAGUAAAAUCAAUGACAGUAAAGAAUUUCUGAUAUUAUUUAGGAAUUUUAUGAUAUGAUCAUUGAGAUACAUAACUUAAGAAAAGUCUUAAGAGUGGAAAUGACUAAAGAUUUUUUAUGAAUACGGCCCCUGUUUUCAUUUGUCUCUGUUCUUUUAUUCAAUUGUCUUAGUAAUAAGUAUUUGUUGGCUUUAUUUGAUUAAGUUGUUUGUUGGGUGAUGGAUUAAUUUAAAGUCAAUGGGUCAUUUUUUCAUAACUUUGUUAAGUCAACAAUGUUGUUAACUGCAUCGUUGUCAAUUUUAAAAAGUGGAACUAUUUUUUAACUUUCUCAUAUAUUAAGAUAAAUCAAGUUCCGCUGAAAUAGUUUUCUUGGACAUUGUUAUGCACCAGUCAAUUGUAACCACGCCCCCCCCCCCCCCCAGGUCCGGGGAAUAGCGGGGACUUUGACUUUCGGUCAAUCCAACCCCGGCUAAAAUCCCCGCCCUGUGGGGAUGAACAGAUGGUAAAAUCCCCGCAAAAUGCCCCUGCAACCCAGGGACCCUAGGUAAGGUCCAUUCCCCGCUAUAUUUAAAGCGAAGACAAAACCACCGCAUUCACCUUGCACUGCGGGGCCACCUGAAAGGUAAAAACACGGCCCAUUUCCCCGGCUAUCCCCGGUAUACCCCCGGACCUGGGGGGGCCGUGGUUACAAUUGACUGGUGCAUUACAGAUACUGCAGAUCACAAAUGUGUCCUUUCAGUAUCAGAGCAAUCAAGAUCUGAAAGUUAACAACAGUGACCUGAACAACAGUGUUAACGUUAACAAAGUGCUCAUUAAUGAACCCAUGGUUUAUUUGUUUAAUUUUUAUAUUCAUCUCUAAUUGAUUAACUUAUAUUGGCAAUACUUGUAUAAUCAAAAACAAUUAGCAUUGUUUUAUUAGAACAUACCAAAACAGUCACACUUAAACAUAAAAUAAUAAGAAUAAGUGAAAGAGAAGUAAUGUUUAUUUGAUAGAUAUUGAAGACUUCCAUAAUUGGUAUCAUGUGAACAGUUUGCUCAAGAUAAUUUAGAAUUACCAAACACUGAUGACAGAAUUACCAAACACUGGUGACAGAAUUACCAAACACUGGUGACAGAAUUACCAAGCACUGGCGAUAGAAUAAUUAAACACUUUUGACUUACAUUUAUCACCCUAUGAUGGAACAAACCUAUAAUAACCCAUGUUGCAUGUUAUCUUGAGUGAACAGUGCAUUGGAAUUAUAAUCGAAGUAAAAAUUGGCAUCAUUGUAUAUAACUUAACAACAAAAGGUGUACAUACAUUGAUAAGAAUAAGAUAAUAGUACAUAUAUAGGAAAUAUAUUAAAUUGUGAUUUUUACGUAUACAUGUAUUAUCAAAGACUGCAUGAGAUCCAUUGUGAUAAUGUCCCUAGAAUAAUAUAGUGAUAGCCCCUCUGAUUUUCAUAGCCUUGGUGUUGAUGUCGCCUUCUUGUCAUCAUUUUUAGCUCGACUAUUCGAAGAAUAGGUGGGCUAUACUACUCGCCCCAGCGUCGGCGUCGGCGUCUGGUUAAAGUUUUAGGGCAAGUUGGGAUUUUCACUUAUAAGUCCAAUACCCUACAUUUAAUUGACUUAAUACUUCACACAGUUGUUAAGGGCCAUCACAUGAUGAGGUUAGAUAACUCCAUAUUAUUCUUUACACAGAUUAUAACCCCUGAUUGACUAUGGAACUUGGGUUAAAGUUUUAGGGCAAGUUGGAAUAUUUAUUAAUAACUUCUAUAUCCUUUGUUCAAUUGACUUAAUACUUCACACAGUUGUUCAGGACCAUCACACAAUGAGGUUACAUAACUCCAUAGUAUCCUAAAUACAAGUUAUGGCCCCUGAUUGACUUAGGUUAAAGUUUUAGGGCAGGUUAAAGUUUUAGGGCAAGUUGGGAUUUUCACUUAAAACUCCAAUACCAUUCAUUCAAUUGACUUAAUACUUCACACAGAUGUUCAGAGCCAUCACAUAAUGAGGUUAGAUAACUCCAUAUUAUCUUUUAUACAAAUUAUGGCCCCUGAUUGACUAUGGAACUAAGGUUAAAGUUUUAGGGCAGGUUGGGAUAUUGUUUAAUAACUUCUAUACCCUUCAUUCAAUUGACUUAAUACUUCACACAAUUGUUCAGGACCAUCACCCAAUGAGGUUACAUAACUCCAUAUCCUUAAUACAAGUUAUGGCCCCUGAUUGACUUAGGUUAAAGUUUUAGGCAAGUAAAAGUUAAGGGCAAGUUGGGAUUUUAAUAAAAAAAACUUCUAUACCGUUCAUUAAAUGCACAUAAUAAAAUUCAAAAUUAUUUGCGACCAACUUACAAGAAACAUAAGUCUGUUUUAAGCCUAAAUACAAAUUAUGGCCCAUGAAUUUUUUUCUUUUUUUUUUAAAUUUCCUUUGAAAGGCAUAUUUGUAUAUUCUAAACCACAUUUUCAUAAUGGGAAAUCAAGUUAUUGCGUCAUUGUUUGGGCGGGCUGGUGGGAGAGCAGCAUCAAAGUCACCUUAUGUAUUGAAUAAUUUUAGUUAGGUUUGACAUAAAGAGACCAAACUUGGUAUUAUUACAUCGUUAUUGUAUUCUAAGUCAAAGCGGCGUAGUCUAGCGCGCUGUCUUAAGACGGCUCUUGUUAUCUUUAACCCUGGUCAUAAUUUUUUUUUCUAAAAAUUCAAAUAAAACUCGGUACACAUGCUGCGAGAGAAGAAUAUGCACAAUUAUAGCAAGGGACAUAACCCAGGUUUUAAUUUAUAAGUGAGUUAUGCCCCUUGUUUUGCAGAGAAUAAAAUCAACAGUCGAGCGUAAGCUCUCACUCUUCACGCUCCUGUUUGCAUGUAUACUGCAUGUCAGAAUCAAAACUAUUCCCCUCAUGAAUGUUUAAUCCUCGGGCUUGCUUUUCACUUACAUACGUGUCUGCAACUCUGUUAGUAGAACAUUUUUUUUUACAUAUAUUUUUUUUUGUUAAUCUUGGCUUUUGCAAGUAUUGCUGUUUUUUUAUACAAAACUAUGGAUAUAUUGUUACUAUAUAUUUCUAAUAAUGCUCAGAAAAGCUUGCCACUGAAGGUAAUUGGAUUCUGACAUAUUGCCUGUUUUCUUACGAAACUCUGAAAUUGUCUUGAUGGCCAUCCUUAAAAAAUACUUAUUUGCGGUUACCCAACCAGCUCAGUAUAAUCCUGAUAACUAUUUUUGUUACCGUCUGCAGUGUCAAUUUAUUUUGUCUAUUUUGUACAGAGGGAUGUAAGUAGCCAAAAGUUACAUCGUUCUGGGAAAAUGAAAUUAUUAAAAAAAACACAAAGAAAACCUUACUUCCUGCCCACUCCCAGCAUUCACUGCAAGCAGCCAUUGUUUCAGUUGUGAUCCAGCCAUAAUAUUGUGUGACAGAUGUGUACUGGUAGUCAUCCCACUAAGUUAUUGUAGCACUUCAGCCAGUCUAGUGUACACGUAAAUCAUUCAGGGUGUUGUGGUGGAGGGAAAAUAAUUCACUGUAUGUUUUACAGUUUGCACCAUAUUUUACAGAUUGUUACAAAGUCGUUAUAUGUUUCACUGUAAAACACCAGGCCCCAAUAUCAUGAAAAUACUUAAGUCAAAUCUCAACCUCAAACUCGACUCAUUUUACCACAUAAAAGCAUAGUAGGUAUUGUUCAAAAUCUUGCAUGCUUUCUGAAAACAUAUUUUCUCAUAGAAUGUGUAAUUGAAAGAUAUUUUGCAAUAUUUUAAAGAAAACUUAUUUUAAAGCAAAGAAUAUACUUGAGUAAUUGUUAAAAGGCAAUGAAUUGUACUCAAGUACAUUUUGGGCUGUAUAAUAUUUUUCCAUUGGAAUCUAGACCAAAGUUUUCAAUCAACAUAUUCAAUGAUAGAAUGUGGUUUAAUAAAAUAUAUUUUUUCAAUAUAUUUUUAUGUUAUAUGGUAAAAUUAGUUGAGAUUGAGUUUGAGAUUUGACUUAAGUAUUUUCGCUAUAUUGGGGCCAGAAGUCAUUAAUAGUUCAGUGCAAUAAGCAUGGAUAACUUAUUUAAGUAAAAUAAGCUGAUUCUGCUUUGCUUUAAGUGGUGAAUGUAAGUUGUCAAUGCAAGUGGUCAGUGUCAGUAGUCAAUGCAAGUGGUCAGUGUCAGUAGUCAAUGCAAGUGGUCAAUGUCAGUAGUCAAUGCAAGCGGUCAGUGUCAGUAGUCAAUGCAAGUGGUCAAUGUCAGUAGUCAAUGCAAGUGGCCAGUGUCAGUAGCCAAUGCAAGUGGUCAUUGCAAGUGGUCAGUGUCAGUAAUGAAUGCAAGUGGUCAGUGUCAGUAGUGAAUGCAAGUGGUCAGUGUCAGUAGCCAAUGCAAGUGGUCAGUGUCAGUAGUCAAUGCAAGUGGUCAGUGUCAGUAGUCAAUGCAAGUGGUCAGUGUCAGUAGUCAAUGCAAGUGGUCAGUGUCAGUAGUCAAUGCAAGUGGUCAGUGUCAAUAGUCAAUGCAAGUGGUCAGUGUCAGUAGUCAAUGCAAGUGGUCAGUGUCAGUAGUCAAUGCAAGUGGUCAGUGUCAGUAGCCAAUGUAAGUAGCCAAUGCAAAAGCGGUCAGUGUCCAUAGUCAAUUCAAGUGGUCAGUGUAAGAUGUCAGUGUAAGCAGUCAAUGUAAGUGAUCAUUGCAAAGUGUCAAUGUAAGUAGUCAUUGAAAGGUGUCAAUGUAAGUUUUCUAUAUAAGUGUUCAGUGUCAGUAGUCAAUGCAGGUGGUCAAUGAAAACAGUCAUUGAAAGAGGUCAAUGUAAGUAGUCAGUGAAAAUAACCAUUCUACGAGGUUAAUAUAAGUAGGCAAUGUAAGUGAUCAAUAUGAGUGGUCAAUGUAAGUUGGCAAUGUAAGUAGUCAAUAUAAGUGGUCAAUGGAAGUGAUCAAUAUGAGUGGUCAAUGUAAGUGGUCAAUGUAAGUAGUCAAUAUAAGUGGUCAAUGGAAGUGAUCAAUAUGAGUGGUCAAUGUAAGUGGUCAAUGUAAGUAGUCAAUAUAAGUGGUCAAUGGAAGUGAUCAAUAUGAGUGGUCAAUGUAAGUAGUCAAUAUAAGUGGUCAAUGGAAGUGAUCAAUAUGAGUGGUCAGUGUAAGUGGUCAAUGUUACUGGUCAAUUCUAACAUUCAUGCAAGUAUCAAGGUAUCUGAGUUAAAUCAUUUCAGACAAGUCUUUAUUUAGCCAGUCAUGUGCCUUUUCUGGAAUACAAAUUACAUCAUAAAAUGAGCAUACCACCCCCCCCACCCCCCCCCCCCCCCCCAACACACACUAGAAAACAAGGUUUGAUUUGAUUUCGUGUACCCUCUCAUAGCUUUAGAGCCUACAUAGGGUGUGAAUAUACUGUUAAACUUUAGACAUCCAUAUUCUCUUUGUCACUACCCAGUACAUUUGUUUAUUAAGAUAAGCAACCUCAAUUUAUAACAUUUCAACUAGCUUAUGUUGAAAAAAUGCAUACAUGUUAACAUGUAAAUUUUUAAAGCAGUUUUAAGGAACAGAUAUUACUUGGACCAAUGUUAACUGUCAGUAUUGUUGAUAUAUGUGGUGUCUUGUAUUUGUUUACCGAGCUUCAUGAGUGCUUUCUGUAUAUUUUUAUAUGAAUUUGACAUGUAUAUAUUCUUUGAUUAUUUAAUGAAAUAUAUUGUAAAUUUCAAUUGUUCAUAUCACACUUCAUGUACAUUUCUAUAAAUCCUUGUGCCUUAAAUGUGUAACUCUUGCUUAGUGAACUUACUGCCAUUUAAGAGAAUAUUUUUUGUGCUAGUUUAUACAUUUAUAUUAUCAAAUGUUAAAUGGAUUUAAAGGAUAUUUUAGGUAAGGCCACAAUGAAAAAACAGUUAGUUUGGCUUUAUCUGACUUGUUCUUAAAUUACUGACGACAGCCAUUUUGUUUUCUUAACUUCUCCAGUGGGUAUAUUGUUUUUCUGUGUAUUUUUUUUUCAAUGGGUUGUUUAAACCAAAAAAACACACCCUACCUACCCAUUCUUUAAAAUGUGGGUCAGGAGGGGUGCACCUAGGCAAACCUAAGUAUACUCGGGUAUACAAGUCAAGUUUGGUUCCCAAGAAAAGUAAAGUGCUGAACAAUCAAAAUCAUGGAAUAAAAAUUGAAGGCUAAGUGGGUAUAUGUAAAUGCAAAGUUUAAUUGGUUGCAGUUUAUUGCAAUUUCUAAAUGUUGGGUGUUCAGAAAACUUAAACAUCUUUAUUUAUAACUGUAGUUUCCCAAUGGAUGGGGACACUCCUCCAGCUUCAACCGAUAUAACAUUUUCUGACCACACCAUUGAAAAACCUUGAAAAAUUCAUGGCUGACUCAAUUAUACAGGGGUACAAUUCAAAAUGCUUCAGGUAUGCCUCUGGUCAGGUGAGGCUUCAGGUAUGCACCUGGUCAGAUGAGGCUUCAGGUAUGCACCUGGUCAGGUGAAGCUUCAGGUAUCCACCUGGUCAGGUGAGGCUUCAGGUAUGCCUCUGGUCAGGUGAGGCUUCAGGUAUGCACCUGGUCAGAUGAGGCUUCAGGUAUGCACCUGGUCAGGUGAAGCUUCAGGUAUCCACCUGGUCAGGUGAGGCUUCAGGUAUGCACCUGGUCAGGUGAGGCUUCAGGUAUGCCCCUGUCAGGUGAAGCUUCAGGUAUGCCCCUGUCAGGUGAGGCUUCAGGUAUGCACCUGGUCGGGUGAGGCUUCAGGUAUGCACCUGGUCAGGUGAAGCUUCAGGUAUGCCCCUGUCAGGUGAGGCUUCAGGUAUCCACCUGGUCAGGUGAGGCUUCAUGUAUGCACCUGGUCAGGUGAAGCUUCAGGUAUCCACCUGGUCAGGUGAGGCUUCAGGUAUGCACCUGGUCAGGUGAGGCUUCAGGUAUGCCCCUGUCAGGUGAAGCUUCAGGUAUGCCCCUGUCAGGUGAGGCUUCAGGUAUGCACCUGGUCGGGUGAGGCUUCAGGUAUGCACCUGGUCAGGUGAAGCUUCAGGUAUGCCCCUGUCAGGUGAGGCUUCAGGUAUCCACCUGGUCAGGUGAGGCUUCAGGUAUGCACCUGGUCAGGUGAGGCUUCAGGUAUGCACCUGGUCAGGUGAGGCUUCAGGUAUGCACCUGGUCAGGUGAAGCUUCAGGUAUGCACCUGGUCAGGUGAGGCUUCAGGUAUGCACCAGGUCAGGUGAGGCUUCAGGUAUGCCUCUGGUCAGGUGAGGCUUCAGGUAUGCACCUGGUCAGAUGAGGCUUCAGGUAUGCACCUGGUCAGGUGAAGCUUCAGGUAUCCACCUGGUCAGGUGAGGCUUCAGGUAUGCACCUGGUCAGGUGAGGCUUCAGGUAUGCCCCUGUCAGGUGAAGCUUCAGGUAUGCCCCUGUCAGGUGAGGCUUCAGGUAUGCACCUGGUCGGGUGAGGCUUCAGGUAUGCACCUGGUCAGGUGAAGCUUCAGGUAUGCCCCUGUCAGGUGAGGCUUCAGGUAUCCACCUGGUCAGGUGAGGCUUCAGGUAUGCACCUGGUCAGGUGAAGCUUCAGGUAUCCACCUGGUCAGGUGAGGCUUCAGGUAUGCACCUGGUCAGGUGAGGCUUCAGGUAUGCCCCUGUCAGGUGAAGCUUCAGGUAUGCCCCUGUCAGGUGAGGCUUCAGGUAUGCACCUGGUCGGGUGAGGCUUCAGGUAUGCACCUGGUCAGGUGAAGCUUCAGGUAUGCCCCUGUCAGGUGAGGCUUCAGGUAUCCACCUGGUCAGGUGAGGCUUCAGGUAUGCACCUGGUCAGGUGAGGCUUCAGGUAUGCACCUGGUCAGGUGAGGCUUCAGGUAUGCACCUGGUCAGGUGAAGCUUCAGGUAUGCACCUGGUCAGGUGAGGCUUCAGGUAUGCACCAGGUCAGGUGAGGCUUCAGGUAUGCACCUGGUCAGGUGAGGCUUCAGGUAUGCACCUGGUCAGGUGAAGCUUCAGGUAUCCACCAGGUCAGGUGAGGCUUCAGGUAUGCACCUGGUCAGGUGAGGCUUCAGGUAUGCACCUGGUCAGGUGACGCUUCAGGUAUGCACCUGGUCAGGUGAGGCUUCAGGUAUCCACCAGGUCAGGUGAGGCUUCAGGUAUGCCCCUGUCAGGUGAGGCUUCAGGUAUGCACCUGGUCGGGUGAGGCUUCAGGUAUGCACCUGGUCGGGUGAAGCUUCAGGUAUGCCCCUGGUCGGGUGAAGCUUCAGGUAUGCACCUGGUCGGGUGAGGCUUCAGGUAUGCACCUGGUCGGGUGAAGCUUCAGGUAUGCCCCUGUCAGGUGAGGCUUCAGGUAUGCACCUGGUCGGGUGAGGCUUCAGGUAUGCACCUGGUCGGGUGAGGCUUCAGGUAUGCACCUGGUCAGGUGAGGCUUCAGGUAUGCCCCUGUCAGGUGAGGCUUCAGUUAUGCACCUGGUCGGGUGAGGCUUUAGGUAAACCCCUGGUUGGGUGAGGCCAUUUAAAACAAUUAAUUAUUGUGACCUUAUGAAAUUGUUCUAUUUUGACUUUAAUAGAAUUGUUUGAAAUCUAAUAAAAGUAUCUUAUGGCUUCUAGUCUUCUAAUAAUAAGUAAAUUAGAUUUGCCUUGUUUUAUAAUAAUGUGUAAGCUGUCAAGUAACUGAAUUGUUAUAGAAGUAACUAUUGAUGUAGUUGUCUGAGGCUUAACUGUAAGGAUUAGCUGUAAGGAUUAGCUACAAUUUAAAAUUUGGGUUAAAAGACAAUAAGUACAAAGUAUUUCAAAGUCAAGGUUUUAUGUCAUUUUAAGGUUCAGCUUUCACAAGUUUAUUAUUAACGUUCUUUAAGGCAAUGUCAGGUGUUUAAAAGAGCUUUGCAAAUAUUAUGAAAGAAGAUUUUUAUCAAAUUUGCCUCAAAAACUCUUUGCAAUUUUUAAAUAUAAGUGUUACAGAUAUGAAUUGGUUCCAGGUGCAAAAAAUAUUAUAUUUUCACUAUAUCAUCAACAAUGUUUUGUGGCUGCUUUGAGGUGACUAGCUGCUUCAACUUGAAUAGAGAGAUUUGCAUUUUAUUUCCAGGAAAUUGAAUUUCGGACACUUUUCAAUAUGAUAUUAAUGAUUUUUAUUAUUUGAAAUGGUAUCAUCAUAAAGCCACAAGGCAUUGCUGUUCAGACAGUCAGGAACAUUUUUACAAAAAAAAACAACAUUUAUAAUAUUGUAGGAAGACUUUUCCAGAAAAAGGCAACAGAGUUCAACAAUUAUUUGAAAAAUUAUUCCCGUGUAAAAUUUGCUCAACUCCUCAUUACACUAAACAAGUUGUAAAAGAAGUACCACAAAAAAACAUAAUUAUUAAUAAUGACAUUUUCAAUGAAUGGCCUUCCUCACCAACAUUGGUAUUGUGGAAGGCCCUGAAGGAUUUACAUAUAAAAUUAAAUACAUAUAACCUAUAUAAUGCAUUAGUCAGGCUUGAAUUUCUCAAAGCUUGCGAUUCUGGUGUUUCAAUUAUUUAAAUUAUAUUUUCCUCUGUAAGAGUUUUUAAACUUUAUUAUUAUCACAAUAAACCAUUUUUCAUUUAUCAAAAUCAAAUUUAAGUAUGUAUUUAUGCUAAUUUAAUUUAACUUCUCUAAUCAGUUAUGUUUAGGAAGUAUUGAGAAAUUGGGGCCUGUAGAUUAAGUUUAAACAAAAUAUUCUGACACUCGUUUAAAUGAUAUGUUCCAAGUGUGUUUUCUAGAGCAAAUAUUUAUGGCUUCGGUGUUUACUUUCAAGAGCAGCCAGUAUCUCCUCAGGGCACAUCCAGGCCAAACUCAGUGGUCAAUUAUAUCAAUUAAAUUUCAAUUUAUAUCCUGUAACCUGUCAUUGACCUGUCAUAAAGUCCCCACUUCAGGGUCACAUGUAUGUGCAUGCUUCUUGCUUACAGCAUUAUUUCAAUUAUAGUUUACAAUAUACACUUGCUACAGUCGAUGUGCUAAAUCUGUACCAUUUUUAUAUGUAUUGAUGUUGACAUGUUCUUUCUUAUAAACUACAUGUAUCUUUUUUUGAAGGAAAAAUGUAUUGUCAAUAACUUGGUGUCUGUGUUGGCGUUGUUGUCCUGGAGCCAAUGAUAGUGGCCAUAAUUUUAUAAAAAUUUCAAGGUAUGAAACUUGAUAAUCACAAUACAGCCCAACCCUGUUGGCUCGAACUCACAGGGACCGAACUCACAGGGACCAGUGAAAAAACCACGAGCCUCGGAGAAUUCGAGCCAAGCUGUAUUGUUUACCUUCAGUAUGAAGAAAUUGGUCCUAUACAUCUAGUUGAGUCAACAAGGUGUUUGAGUCAAGCUGGUUCGGCUGUAUAUAUAUUGGCAAUAUGUAUCAUGUGCCAUUUGUCAGCUUGAAAUAUACAUGCUGAUUAAUUCAGGAAAAUGGACGAGCAGUAAUGACCACUUGGUGUGCUCUUGCUUUCUAGUGGUUGGCACUCUGUCUAAAAAGUGUGUUUAAGAUGACAUUUGAGAUUGUUUAGUGUUCUAGUCUGUUUGAUAUGGUAUUGUUGUUUGCCAAUCUGUGACUGCUGGUGUUAAUUCUGUUCAAAGUUUUAAAAAACUCAACCAAAAAGAAAUGUAACAAUAUAUUUCUGUAAUAUAAGAAAUAUGUUUUAUUUCAACCAAAAUAUUGUAUGUUUUUGUUCACCUAUUUCUCUCAAAAUGCUUUGUUCAUUCCAAACGGUUCUCAAAUAUAUGAUUUUUGUGACAUACAUGUAUGUACAAGCUUAAGUAUUAAGUUAUGGUGCACAACUGCUUCUAUGCAAAAUACAUGCAUUCUUAGUAACAUGUUGUCUGCCGCCGCUGGCUCACAGUGCUAAAGGAUUAUAUGACAUUGUGUUGCCAUAGGUCACAUGUUUGAUUGAAUGUUUAAUAAUUUAUACAUUAUGUUGGUUUGUUGUCUUGACCAUGUCUACAAAAUAUUAAAUUAUUUGCUACUCA